CUUCAACUUCACAUUCCCUAUACGCAACAUUCGUUCAUAACGCUGUACAAGUCAUUGAAAGUAGUUUUUGAUGGUAAAUUCUCACGUUGUCUAUGGAAAACAAUAGACCUGAGUCAGCCUUUUGGAACUAUUCGAAACUACAUGAGUCACAUUACUCACUGUCGCAACUCUCUCCUCUGUACGACUCUGGUUGGAGACAAAGCAGUGAAAUGGUCCUUUUUCUGUUUUCUAAGACUCAUUUUGUCAUUUUGGAUGUUCAUCUGGGACACGUACACAACUCUCUUUUUGUUUGCAUGGAACUCCACGUGAGGACUCUUACGUAAACUCAUUUUUGACCAAUCCGAUUCCCUAUAAUAGAAACGGAAGUUGUAAGUCAUUGGCAUUUUCCUCAAAGCGACAGACUUCUCUAGCUCCUCACUCAGGAGACAAAACAGAGCUAUUAUUGCGCAUCUUCGGACAAAGUACAUUUGUCGUUGAAUAUUCGAGAUGAAACACAACUCGAACGUCCCAGCUUUCCUCACCAAGCUGUGGACACUGGUCGAGGAUGCAGACACCAAUGAAUGUAUUUGCUGGAGCCAGGAGGGCAACAGCUUCCUGGUGUUGGAUGAGCAGCGUUUUGCCAAGGAGAUCCUCCCCAAGUUCUUCAAGCACAACAACAUGGCCAGCUUCAUCAGGCAGCUCAAUAUGUAUGGAUUCCGUAAAGUGAUGCAUAUUGACACAGGCAUUGUGAAACAGGAGAGAGACGGUCCAGUGGAGUUUCAGCACCCCUACUUCAAACAUGGACAAGAUGACCUGCUGGAGAACAUCAAGAGGAAGGUCUCUAACACUCGGCCAGAGGACAAUAAGAUCCGACAGGAAGACCUGACCAAGAUCUUGGCAAGUGUUCAGAGUGUUCACAGCAAGCAGGAGAACAUUGACGUUAGGCUGGCAACACUGAAGAGGGAGAAUGAAGCACUGUGGAGGGAGAUCUCUGAUCUGAGACAGAAACAUGCCCACCAACAGCAACUCAUCAAGAAGUUGAUACAUUUCAUCGUCACAUUGGUACAGAACAAUCGCAUCCUGAAUUUAAAACGCAAAAGCAGGCCAAUUCUUAUGAACAGCAAUGGAAAGAAGCCCAAAUACAUUCAUCAGAUCUAUGAUGACAAAGUGUGCGUGGAACAGUCGUCUGUCAACAGUCUGAAUGGUGUGAAGGGUUCCGACAUAUCAGAUGAUGUUAUCAUCUGUGACCUGACGGAGAAUGAAGCAGAGCUGACGGCUGAGGUCACAGAGGGGUCACCCAGAGCCUAUGAACAGAGUGAUGUAGAAAUCGUGGAAGUAGAACUGGACAACUACACAGGGUUGCCAGGUGAGACAGAGGCGAGCACCACCUGCACAGACGACACCAAACUGACAGAGGCUGCUGUGUUGGCAGCAGUAGAGGAGCAGAGGAGCAGCACUUCGGACAGCAGUGAACCAAACAGCAGUGCCCUGCAGCUCAAUAAACCGUCAGGCCUCAGUCUGGAAGACCCGGUCAAAAUGAUGGACUCCAUACUGAAUGAGAACGGAGCAAUAUCACAGAACAUCAACCUGCUGGGAAAGAUGGAGCUGAUGGACUAUCUGGACAGUAUUGAUUGCAGUCUAGAGGACUUCCAGGCCAUGCUUUAUGGAAAACAGUUUGGCAUGGAUUUUGAUGCCCUAGAGGAGAGUGUGUCCUCCAAAGAGAAUACAGCACAGCUAAACAGAGGCAGGACAGAGGAAGGCAACACAGAUAAGCAGUUGAUCCAAUACACCACCUGCCCACUGCUGGCCUUCCUUGAUGGCUGCACCCCUCCUCCAGAGCUGGACCUGGGCCCAGGCAGCAGCAGCACCGGUACCUCCAAUACCCAUUCCCAGUCCUCCUCCAGCUCUGGUGCCUCCGUGGAGGCCGAGCCACCUGCAGAGCUGCUGGACACUGGCCUGGAGUUGAAGCAGCCAGGCCACAGCUCUCUGAUCCGCCUGGAGCCUCUGACAGAGGCCGAGGCCAGCGAGGAGACCCUCUUUUACCUGUGUGAACUGAGUCCUGGUGGCCCGGAGGCCGACUCCUCCCUGCUGGACAGAAUGUGAGCAGCAGACUGUAAUGCUGAUCCCACUGAUGUUGGCUCGCCACAGACUACACCCCUUCCCUCCUCCAGAUAGUACUGACAGUUUAAUAUCCCCUCACCUCUCUGGCCUGAGGGGUGUGUUUGUUGAGUUGUCAGAACAUCAGAAAGUACCAGACAGGCUGAAGAACAGCUGCAGUUCGUGCCUCAUAAGACUUUUGUAUUGAAGAUGGCAUUUGAGUUACAGAAAUAAGACUUAACAUGUGGUACUCUCAUCAUGUACCACUGUCAUACAAAUUGAUGGCAUUUCUUAGUAGCCUGACUUGUCUAGUGAAGACAUGUAGUGAUUCUGCCAUUACCCUGUAAAUAAAGAGGACCAAGGAAAAACAGGCAGGGGUUCAGAAAAGUACACAGAUUUUCCUGCCAUGUGUCUGAAGGUUUAACCUAUUUGUUUUUGAUGAUAGGAGAACUUUUUUGAUUUGAAACUGACAUGAGAGGCACAAACUGUGGCUGGUGUAAGCACAGGACAGCAGGACCUAGAUUCCCUCCACAUAGCUUCAUGUCUGAGUUGUCAGGUAUAGAGACAGAAGUCUCUGCUCAUCAGUAACUUCACCAUCAGUAAAGCACUGCAUCACAUCAGUGAGGAGACAUCGUCACCUGACUGCUAUUAGCAGACUGAACCUUUUGUAUAUACUUCUGAAAAUCUAUUUAUUGCCAUUUUUGUUUCUUUUGCUACACAUCUAUCUUCUUCAUAAAGUAACAUUCCUUAAGAUAGUGUUGUGCUCAGCCAGCUCAUUUCUCUUUGAGUGCAGACUUUUGGAAGAUAAUUUAGCUACAUUUAUUUAAUGAAGGCAACAUUCUUGAGAGCUGGGACAAAAGGUGUUCUCAAGAAGGGACUGUACACUAUCUGGGACUGUACAUUAUCUGUCUUGCAAACAAGACACAGAUAAUCAAGUCAUUUCAGUUUCCACAUCAGUGUGUGGUUAGUGAAGCCUGGUCUGGCAGGGCAGAGGAUGAGACAGACAUUUCAAAGCAAGGUGUACAAUAGAUGAUAGACAGUCUGAAUGUGUUAGCAGGUUUUUGGAUACAGAUGUGACAUUGGUGAGUGAUCUGAUGGAGCUGGCUCUGUGAGUGAUGAAACAUGAAAAUACAACUACAGUGGCAGUGUGAAGUGAGUAUGUAAAGAAUGUGAUCCGUGUGUGUCCACUCUGUUGUGGCAGGCCUACAUUAGUAUUGCUCUGCAUUCAUCUAGCAAUAGAAUAAUAUACUGUAACUGAACGGUCAGAGCUUGAAAGUUCCUUCUUUACCUUGGAAACCACAAAAAUUAGUUUUUAAUCACAUCUUGCAGUUGAAAGCUCUGGUCACAUGACAACUGGGUUUUUUUUCCCAAAGUUCAUAUAAUGACAACUCGGCUAACUUCUUCCCCUGUUAGUGGACAUAUCUUCACUUGUGUGUGUGUGUGUGUUGUGACACUUUGCAUCAAAAGAAUGGUGUGUGUGUGUGUCAAUUUUUGUCAUUAAACCCUGACUUGCUGAAAGUGUUCAGAAGGUGAUACUGCCGUCCAACUGUGACUGUAACAUGCAGAGAAGAGGGGGAACUUGGGUAUCAUCAGGCAACGUUCAUCUUUUAGUUUGAGAGAGAAACCAAGAGUGAAUGUUUUUCAUGUGACUCAUGCUGAAGCAAAAUAAAAAAUGAGGGAAACACAGGAAAAACACCCAAAAAGCUUCAGCCAGUGUCACUUUAUCUUUUACGCAAGAGCACCAGAAAUACAUUCAUCCUCUAUAGUACAUGAGGAGGAUGUGACACAUCAUGGUGAUUGUAUAGAGGUUUAGGACCAGUGUUAACGAUUAGUAAUGUAACUGGACAUGCAUGACAGUAUUGAAAUGAUGAAAUGCUCCAACUUGGACACAAAUAAUUUAUUUUGGUCAGUCUGAUGUUGUGAUCAACUUUGUUUUUUUCCAUGUAGCAAAGUUAUCCUCUAUUCCCAGUGUGAAUCACUGCUAUCAACAUACUUGAACAGUUACAAGGUCUACCGUCCCAGUUGUCAAUAAUGAGAAGCUAAAACAUUCAUCACGUUUUUAAAUAUACACUUCCUAAUUUUGUCACAGUUGUUCCUUAAAUCCUCAAAUCUCACAGCCCCCUGUUAAAUAAGUCAACACAGUUCACGGUUUGGAAACACCAGAGAACUGAAAAAAGAAUCAAGUGUCAAAUGUGUAAGCUGAAUGCAGAGCCCUGAUCUCACAGUGGAAAAGCUGUAAAUUAUUUCAUUCAGUUUGUUGUUGUAGAGCUCGUGGUAUUGAGUUGCCUCACUAUGUUCAUGUUGUGAUAAAUGGAAACUCCUCUCCUGUGUCUGUUCUAGAAGUGCCUGCAUCCUCUCUCCUUUUCUUCUGGUAAAGCCAGAGAAUGACUUCCCUGUGACCUGUCCCCAUCCCAAAACUGUCAUUGUUGCAAGCCUUGCAGUUACAAUAAAGCAUAACUAGUGUUCAUUUGAA